ACGGCAUUCACUCUUCCACACUCUUCCAUCCAUCAUGAACCCCGGGUCAUCUCUGCGCGCCCUGCGCGCGCCUCUUCGCCGCUCCGCGACCUCUACCGCGACCGCGUACGCUGCGCGCCCCAUUUCGGUUUCGGCGCGCCGCCUGAACGAGGCCAAGGAGGAGGCCAGCAAGAAGGAGAAGAAGGAGGAGAAGAAGCGCGGGUGGGAUGACUCGGCGGCUCCCCCGCAGUCGCCGUUCAAGGUGUUCCUCCGCGUGUUCAAGGAGGAGAUCGACAAGAACCAGGGCUGGCAGCAGAACGUCAAGCAGCUGCAGGGCGAUGUCGACAAGAUGGCCGACAGCGAGGCGAUGAAGAAGGCUCGCGAGAUGUAUGAGCGGACGAGGAUCACCAACAUGAUGAAGGAGAACCCGCGUCUCGCUGCGGCCGUCGAAGACCUGAAGAAGGCCGGUGUGAGCGUCAACGAGGCCGUGUCCCGCGCACUCCAGGACUCGGAGGUGCUCAAGGCGAUUGCGCGCGUGUCCAACUCGGUUGCCAUGUUCGCCGACCACGCCACCGCACCAAUCCGUGACACGGAGGUGUACAAGGCCAUCGCGGCCAGUGUGGAGGAGGCGUUCGAUGACACGGCCGGCACCAACCUCCGCUACGGCGGGUAUGUGGAGAAGGAGGAGCGCCGGAGGCGGCGGGAGGCGCGCCGCAUCAAGGCCGGGAAGACUAGCAAGCGGGUGGCUGAGAACCCCGAAGCUGGUGAAGCCCUUGUCCUCUCGGACAAGCAGGACACAUCUUCCACUCGCUUCCAGUUCAUCAAGGAGAACCCGACGUACCAGCGUCUGCGCGAGCAGUACUACGAGUCGGAGAACCCUGCUGUGGAGACGUUCCGCUCCAUCACAUCAACGAUUGCGGGGUGGUUCGACGAGAACGAGACCGCCAAGGUCAUCCGCACGAUCCGCGAAAUGGACCCGGACUUUACGAUGGACGGUUUCACGCGCGAGCUGCGCGAGUACAUCGUGCCCGAAGUGGUGGACGCGUACCUCUCGGCGGACCGCGAGUCGCUCAAGCAGUGGUGCGGCGAGGCGACGUUCAACGUGCUGUGGGCGACGAUGGGGCAGUACAUCAAGCAGGGGCUGGUGUCUGACUCGCGCGUGCUGGACAUCAAGCACGUGGACAUUGCGCAGGGCAAGCUGCUGGACAACGACGUGCCGGUCUUCGUGGUGAGCUUUGCCAGCCAGGAGAUCCUGCUGUUCCGCUCGGCCAAGACUGGCGAGGCGGUGGUCGGGGACGAGAACGCGGUCGAGGCGUGCCGGUACGCUAUGGUGCUCACGCGCGUGCCGAGCGAGGUGGACAACGAGCUCACGGGCGGCUGGAAGGUUGUCGAGAUGGCGCGCCGUGGCGCCCGCAGCUUUAUGUAGUUUAGACAGCAUCACGUAGGCAUCUGCACCAUUCCACUUCGAUUC